AGGGAUACCGGCAACCGGGUCCCGCACAGCGGCCACCGAGUGUCUGCACCGCAGCAUGUAUGAGAAAAUAGAUUGUUGUGCUGAGCUAUUAUAAUGCCUGAUCACGAUGAAAAAGGGAAAAAGUCAGACAAAACCCAUGACAAGAAAAACCAAGGAACAUCAGCAAGGAAAUGCUUUGAUAUCAAAAGACUUUGGUCUCUUUUAAAUGUGCAGGCAAACAAGCAGCAGCUUCCAGCUUUAAAACCCAACAGCACACCAAAAUUUCAGUCAAAGUAUGGGAAAGCAAAUGACUCUCAAAGCAGAAAUCAGCGGCAGGAAUCAACUGAAGCAUUUGAACUUGAAAAACUAAGUAUAUUUUACAAGAAUGAAAGGAAUUUCAGCCAGCAUCCCCAACACAGCCUGUUUCUUGAUAUAUUCACAGCACUGAUAAAGAACAGGCUUGCCAGCAGGGAGUGGGUUGCAAGAGCUCCAUCAUUUCAUUUGCUGCAGGUGUUGAUCUGUCUGAGGUUACUAAUGCGUGACUCAUUUUAUCAGGAAGCACUGCACCAAAUAAAUGGAGUUGGAAUUCUUGCCCAGUACAUGGAGACAACAUGUGAUACAUAUCUUUUGUAUGGCGAGGAAGAGUUUAAUGUUGACAAACUGGUCAAUUUAACAUAUAUUUUUCAAAAACUUUCUGCUGUCAAAGAUCAAAGAGAGUGGGUUAUAGCAAGUGGAGCACACAAGUCUCUAUUGAAGUUAUUAGCCGCCAGGGACAGCAAUGUGCUGCUAGGAGCUCUGCUUGCUCUGACAAGUUUAGCAGAAAGUCCAGAGUGUCGUGGGAAGAUAAGUGAGCUCAGUCUUGUUGAAAGCCUAAUGAUGAUACUGCAUGAAUAUGAUCUGCUGUCUAAAAGACUUGCAGCAGAGCUCUUACGACUUCUCUGUUCCGAAUCAGAAGUAAAGGAACAAGUUAAAAUUUAUGAUGGAGUCCCAACCCUUCUUAGUUUGCUGCACUCUGACCAUCUAAAAUUGCUGUGGAGUGUUGUCUGGAUAUUGGUCCAGAUUUGCGAGGAUCCUGAAAUAAGUGUGGAAAUUCGAACAUGGGGAGGAAUAAAGCAGCUACUCCAUAUAUUAAAAGGCGAGCAGUACCUUGUGUCUGACCGUUCAUCGAUCGGAAGCCUAUCCAGUGCAAACGCAGCAGGGAGGAUCCGGCAUGUUUAUUUAUCUGAAGAUCUCAGUCCAAAAGAAAUACAAGAGAAUACUCUUUUACUUCAAGCAGCAUGUUGUGCGGCACUUACUGAACUUGUGCUUAACGACACGAAUGCUCAACAAGUAGUACAGGAAAAUGGUGUUUACAUCAUCGGAAUGUUGGUUUUACCAAACAAACAAAACGUCUGCGUUAAAAGCAAAGCUACAUCUUUGCAGUGUUACGCUUUCAGAGCUUUGCGAUUUCUUUUUAGCAUGGAAAGAAACCGAGAUCUUUUUAAAAGGUUAUUUCCACCAGAUUUAUUUGAGAUUUUUAUCGAUAUUGGACACUACAUUCGAGAUAUCAAGGCCUAUGAAGAGCUAGUAUCCAAACUGAAUUCACUGCCAGAAGAUGAACUGAAACAAGUUGCUGAUAGUAUUGAAGGUAUCAAUCAGAAUAAAUCCCCUACAAAAUUUAUUGGAAACUAUGCUAUUUUAGAUCACCUUGGGAGUGGCGCUUUUGGAAGUGUAUACAAGGUCAGAAAACGCAGCGGACAAAAUCUCUUUGCAAUGAAAGAGAUUAAUUUACACAAUCCAGCUUUUGGAAAAGACAAAAAAGAUCGUGAGAUUAAUGCAGAAAGUAUAGUGUCUGAGCUGGCAAUAAUAAGGGAACAACUUUGCCACCCAAAUAUUGUGCGAUAUUAUAGAACGUUUUUAGAAAAUGAUAAACUCUAUGUUGUCAUGGAACUCAUUGAAGGAGCAUCUCUUGGUGAACACUUUAAGUCCCUAAAGGAGAAGAAACAACACUUUACUGAAGAACGGAUCUGGAACAUAUUCAUACAGCUAUGUUUGGCUCUGAGGUAUUUGCACAAGGAAAAAAGGAUUGUCCACAGAGACUUAUCACCUAACAAUAUAAUGCUGGGCGAGAGAGAUAAAGUAACAGUCACUGAUUUUGGUCUUGCUAAACAGAAACAAGAAAACAGUAAACUUACGUCAAUUGUGGGAACCAUUCUUUACUCUUGCCCAGAAGUUGUGAAAAGUGAACCAUAUGGAGAAAAGGCAGAUGUAUGGGCUGCAGGAUGUAUUCUUUAUCAGAUGGCAACUCUGAAUCCACCUUUCCAUAGUACGAACAUGCUGUCCUUAGCCACUAAAAUAGUAGAAGCGGCAUACGAACCUAUUCCUGAAGGAAUCUAUUCCCAAAAAGUUGCAAACACAAUUAGAAGGUGCUUGACAUCAGAUACAGAACUCCGGCCUGACAUAGUAGAAGUGUGUGCUCUUAUAUCAGAUAUCAUGAUGAAAUACAUUGAUAGCUUAUCGACUAGCCAGCUUGCUCUGGAGAAAAAAAUGGAACGAGAGAGAAAGCGUGCUCAAAGAUACUUCACAGAGAUUAAUAAAAAUACAGUAACCUACCAAAACCAGCUGAGCAUCUUGCCUCACAAUUGUUAUGCAAAAUCAAGAGUUGGUAGCAGUGGAGCAAGUAGCUGCAAGAGUGAUUUUUCUGAUAAUGCUAUUCCAUCGACGGGGAUGAUGCAACUUGACAAUCAAGACAAGGCAUCUGAUGCGUUAUUUCCAGAUCACGGUUAUUCUGUAGACGGCAAUAUAAAAGAUGUAUUUUCUGAAAUAGAUGAUGAACUGGACACUGAUCACUCCACUUGUUCAAGCUCCUGUUUUUUUAAAGAACGUACCUCUGGUUCAAUAAAACAAAGUGUCAGUGCUUCUGGAGUAGAACUACCUCCUACAAGAGAAAGUACCGGGAGCACGUGUUCUAGACCAAGGCCAGCAUCUGCCGGUAUUGCAGUGUCCCAGCGAAAAGUGCGUCAGAUCAGUGAUCCUAUUCAGCAGAUACUAAUUCAGCUCCACAAAAUCAUCUUCAUUACACAGCUUCCUCCAGCUUUACAAGAUAAUAUGAAGAGGAGAAUCAUUGAACGAUACAAAAAGUCUCUCUUCAGUUUGAAAAGUAACCCUUGUAACCUGAAAGCUGAAAUAAAAAAGGUUUUACAAGGAUCACCAGAGUUCAUGGAGUUUUUUACUGCCGACAUCCAUGGAAUGCUUCAGUCAUCAGGGAGUAAAUCACUGAUUGCUGAAGACAGAACAGGAAAUCCCAACAAUGUUGAAUUUGAUGAAGGAAUAACAUUUGAACAAAUGCAGACCAUUAUAGAAGAUGUCCUUGAAGACAGUGGCUACUAUACAUUAUCCUCCCAAAGUUCCAGCUGAUAUGGUUUGCUAUAUAAAGCUCCUGAUAAGAAUCCUGUAGGAGACUCUUUUAAAGUAUUGGAUUGCAAUCAGAUGCAUUGGGUUUGUUGCUGAAGAUUUUUUUUCAAACAUUAUCUCAUCGUUAAAUAAGUUGCCUUAUAUUCUAAGUUUAUGUAAAAAUGUUAAAUGGCUAAAAAUAAAUGCGGCUUUGUUUUGUAAAUGCUGUACAUACGUUAACUUGUGAUAUUGGAAAUAUGAAAUUAAGAAAAUAGUUUAUGGCUUCAAUAAAACAAUGCCAAAGAUUUUA